GUGAAGUUCACCUUAAAUUUUCGUUCGUUGUUGAAAAAUUAAAUUAUUUGUUUUUUUUAGCAAGAGAAAAAGGUUUUUCUAUAAAAUUAUCAAACAAAAAUAAAACUCUAAAACAAAAAUCAAUCAAUUUGUGUAUAAAAAACAUAAAAUGUCGCGACAGUCUUCCUAUGGGACGGGACUUAAGCAUACCAACUUAGAAGAAAUAUGGACGGAUCUCGAACAGGGGAUUAUACAUAUAUUCCAACCUGUCCGGGGUUUGCCUGGACGACGAUACAUGCAGUUGUACACGUAUGUCUACGACUACUGCACAAGUGUCAAUCCAACAUCCAGUCGAUCGACGUCAUCAUCAACUUCAUCUAAUUCUGGCAAUAAUAAGGGUAGCAAAAAGAUGCCCAUAACUAUGCCUACGGGAGGGGCACAGUUGGUUGGCCAAGAAUUGUAUAAAAGGCUGAGAAAGUUCCUCGAAAAUUAUUUAACCCAAUUGUUGGUGGAUUUUGAUUUGAUAGACGAAGCUGUUUUGCAAUUUUAUACAAAACAAUGGGAGUAUUAUCAGUUUUCAAGUACAGUUCUUAAUGGAAUUUGUGCAUAUCUGAAUAGACACUGGGUGAAGCGUGAAUGCGAGGAAGGAAGGAAAGACAUUUACGAGAUUUACAGACUAGCCUUGGUUACAUGGAAGAACCAUCUAUUUAAGGACCUUAACAAACAGGUCACAAAUGCGGUAUUGAAGCUUAUAGAAAAGGAAAGAAAUGGUGAGACAAUAAACAGAGGCCUUGUGUCCGGGGUUAUAAAUUGCUAUGUAGAGUUGGGACUUAACGAAGAUGAUGAUCCGAUAGCUGGAAAAGGUCAGAACUUGCUUGUAUACAAAGAGAGUUUUGAAAACAAAUUCAUUGAAGACACCGAAAGGUAUUAUACAAGAGAGAGUGUAGAAUUUUUGAGAGAAAAUUCGGUUACAGAGUACAUGAAACGAAUUGAACAACGUUUGAACGAAGAAAAGAAGCGCGUUCAAAUGUAUUUGCAUGAGAGCACUCACGAUCGUCUUGUGAGUACUUGUGAACGUGUGUUGAUUCAAAAGCAUUUAGAGAUCUUCCGGGCUGAAUUCCAGAAUCUACUUAAUUCAGACAAGAAUACCGACUUACGUCGGAUGUACUCUCAUGUGGCCAGAAUUCCUGAGGGCCUUGUUGAAUUGAAAGCUAUUCUUGAGGAACAUAUCUACAAUCAGGGAAUGUCUGCGAUUGAGAAGUGCGGCAACACCGAGGCCAGUAAUGAUCCCAAGACCUACGUCCAAACUAUCCUCGAGGUGCAUAAGAAGUACAAUGCUUUAGUUCUAACCGCUUUUAACAAUGACAAUGGCUUUGUUGCAGCUCUCGAUAAAGCCUGCGGCAAAUUUAUCAAUACAAAUGUUGUAACUAUUGCAAAUAGUGCCAGUAAAAGUCCAGAAUUGCUGGCUAAAUAUUGUGAUUUAUUGCUUAAAAAGUCCAGCAAAAAUCCCGAAGAGACUGAACUGGAAGACAAUUUGAACCAAGUUAUGGUAGUUUUUAAGUACAUUGAAGACAAAGAUGUCUUUCAGAAAUUCUAUUCAAAGAUGCUCGCCAAGAGGUUGGUAAAUCACACAUCGGCUUCGGACGAUGCAGAGGCAUCGAUGAUCUCGAAACUUAAACAAACUUGUGGCUACGAAUACACAAUUAAGUUACAGAGAAUGUUCCAAGAUAUUGGAGUGUCCAAGGAUCUUAAUGAUAAUUUCAAGAAACAUUUGCAGCAAACAAACACACCGACUGAGAUUGAUUUCAGCAUCGAGGUGCUCUCAAGUGGAUCUUGGCCAUUUAACCAGAGUAGUUCAUUUUUGUUGCCCUCCGAGUUGGAACGUUCUGUUCAGAGAUUCAACAACUUUUAUGCGGCUCGUCAUUCUGGACGUAAACUAAAUUGGCUAUAUCACAUGUGCAAAGGAGAAUUGGUGACAAAUUGUUUCAAAAACAAAUACACUCUGCAAGCUAGCACCUUCCAAAUGGCAGUGUUGUUGCAAUUCAAUGAUCAGACAAAGUUUACCGUACAACAGCUCGGCCAGAAUACUGAGAUUCUGCAGGAAAAUCUCAUUCAAGUCCUCCAGAUUUUGUUAAAAGCCAAACUUCUCACAUCCACAGAUGACGAAGCGAACAUAACAGCUGCGAGUGUCGUGGAACUCUUUUCAGGUUAUAAGAACAAGAAGUAUCGCAUUAACAUAAAUCAGCCACUUAAAACAGAACUGCGCGUUGAACAAGAAGCUGUCCAUAAGCACAUUGAGGAAGAUCGCAAAUUACUUAUUCAGGCAGCAAUUGUGCGUAUCAUGAAAAUGCGCAAGAAGCUGAACCACACACAAUUAAUUGGGGAGGUUCUCAAUCAACUUUCGACCAGAUUCAAGCCCAAGGUACCAGUGAUUAAGAAGUGCAUCGAUAUUUUGAUAGAAAAGGAGUAUCUGGAAAGAAUGGAAGGACAAAAAGAUACAUACAGCUAUUUGGCGUAAUUUUGUUUAUUUUUUAUUAAAUAUAAUUAUUUUUUAAACUUAAACUGUAGCUCUUUUAUUAUAUAAAAUAUAUUAACUCUAUUAAAUUUAAAAUUAAAUAUAAAUAUACGUAAUGUAAAAGUAAGAAAAA